AUGGGUCACACCUUCCUUACUCCUAAUAGAGGAUUCAGAAACGAAAUUAGAAGUAGUGCAAGGAAAUGGGUUUACCUGUGGGCUAGCAUCUGUUGCCAAAGAGCUGCUCCAUAUGGAAUGGUUGCGCAAGUACCCUCACUUGAUAGAGAUAGCUCUAUGCCCAAGGAUUGGGACCCAGAAG